AGAAGCAACGAAGCUUCAUAUCGUUCGACGUAUCAACCGACUGGGAACGUGUCUGUCGAAAGACACAAAAUCACAGGCUGAAAGUAAGAGAAGAGUGAUCAAAUUCUAAUGUCAAUUAUUGGAGACACAAGAUGAACCAAUUAGAUUUAAUAAGGACUGUACUGAGAUUGUGUCUACUGAAUUUUCUGGUAGACUGGAGUAGCGCAGCUUCAAUAGCACAUAAGAAUCCAAAUCUGAUAGGCGGCCAGGGAUUGUACAAUGCCAGCGACGACGUAGUGAUUCUUAAUGCCACAAAUUUCAAAACUAAUGUUUACGGCAGCACCAAGAGUUGGCUAGUUGAAUUUUACAACAGUUGGUGUGGGUUUUGUUAUAGAUUUGCACCAACUUGGAAGGCUCUGGCAAGCGACAUUCUCUCUUGGAACGAUAUUGUCGUGGUCGCUGCGAUAGAUUGCGCUGAUGACGAAAACAAUCCGAUUUGUCGCGAAUACGAGAUCAUGCAUUAUCCAAUGUUGAAGUAUUUUUCUGUGAACGCGCAUCCGCCGUCCUUGGGUAUAGCGAUAGAAAAGGGGGAUAGUGCCGACUCGGUGAGACAUAAUUUAAUUAGUCGGCUCGAAAUAGAACAGCAGGAGGGACGAGGAUCUACAUGGCCUAACAUUGCACCAUACAGGAACGUCGAAAUAACAGAUAUAUGGAGGACGACAUCCAACAAUGUGAAGCAUUUCUUUCUGAUUUUCGAGAACAAGGAUUCCCACCUGGGAGUGGAAGUAAUUCUCGAUCUGCACACUAUCAACAGUUUGCAAAUACGCAGGGUAACUUCCGAUAACGAGCUACUAUGCGUGAUGAACAAGGUCACCAAGUUCCCGACCUUAAUAGCCUUCGGACGUAACGAGUCGCAGAAGGUUAUCAACGUGAGAAUACCGACGAGGCAGGGCGUGCGACGGGCUAUUAAGGACUACGUGAUCUCGAAAGGAGUGAACAUCGACGAGGUGGGCACAACGGUUUCGCAUGAUGUUGCGCAGCAGAAUAUAGAGAAAGUGCUGCAAACAACGCUUGCGGCGGUUGUGGAGGUUCAGGAAAAUCAGGAACAACCGUCGUCGAAGAAGACCGAUGACUACAUGUAUCAACUCGAUUUGGAGAGCGCGCUGCGAUACUCGAUCAAUCACGAGAUACCUCUAACAAAGUCGAUAGACGGUGAGAAGAUGGAGGUAUUACGGAAGUACCAUGCGCUACUAGCCGCGUAUUUCCCCCUGCGACGCAACAACGCGUAUCUGGAAGUGAUUCGCAACAUCGUGAAGAACAGAAGCUCCGUGACCGGCGAGGAGUACAGCCAGCUGGUGAAGACGACGGAGGAGGAGAUGUCGCCGGUGUACUCGGGGCCGUCUCGUCGGUGGAUAGGAUGCAAAGGUAGCACAGCUUCGUACCGCGGCUACCCGUGCGGCUUGUGGACCACGUUCCACAUGUUGACUGUGAAUUUCGCGCUGGAACCGCACAAGGAUGCUUCUCAGGCCUUCUCGGAAGACCCCGCGGCGGUGUUGCGAGUGAUGCACAGUUACAUCGGAACUUUCUUCGGGUGCGCCGACUGCGCCGCGCAUUUCGUAGAGAUGGCUAGAAGGAAUAAGAUAUUCGACGUGCGUAGCAGGGACGAGGCUGUGCUCUGGUUAUGGCGAGCGCACAAUCAGGUGAACGUACGAUUAUCGGGCGACGACACGGAGGAUCCCGAGCACAGGAAGAUUCAGUAUCCCGCGGCUGAGCAUUGUCCGACAUGCAGAUACGUGAACGGUAGCUGGAACGAGGAAGAGGUUCUGCGAUAUCUAAAAGUCAAGUACAGCUACAGCAGCAUUAAGCUUGACGAGAUUAAUGAUCUUGCCACAAUCAACAGCAACGACUCGAGAGCGAGAUCGGAGAGGCUCACCAGAGAGAUGAAGCACAUCAAUGCUUUCGGCUGGGAUUUAAAUAUAUUCGACAUUAGCAUUUGUGUGGUGUUGUACUGUAUUUCGGCCGUGAUAUGCGCGCUGGUAUGCUUCCAGUUCGCGAUCAAAAAAACUCUGAAGAAAUAUAGAAAGAAGGGCCACAUCAGUUUGUUGCCCAAAGUGUGAUGUCAUUUCUCACGCUUUGUCAUUCCUGGACCAGUAAGCGUCACUCAGGCAUUUCAUUUCCAAUUAAAAAAAAAAGGUAAGUCGUAAAUAUUGAGGUUGUGAUAUCUUCCAAUUAUAAUGAUAAUUCCAAUUAUAAUCGUGCAGUUAUAAUGAUGCAUACCAAUGAAAGUGGAAUUUGCAAUUGAAUGUUGGAAAAUUUUCAAGAACAAAUUUUUCGUAUUUAUUUUUCAAAUUUAUCGUUUUCUCUAUCAAACUUGUACUGCCAUCAGCGAAAGACUAAUCUAAUCACAAAUUUCUAUAUACUAUAUCAUUCAAAAGUAUAAGGCUCUAGAAAUUAAGACUGCGGAGCAUCAGCUGAAUAGAAAGAUUCAACUGUAUAUAGAAAUCUGUGCACUCAAUGAAUCUGAACGAAACGAGAAUGACUCAUAUUUGUACGAAUUUGUAUAGAAAUUUAUAUAGAAUUUGUAUACGAAUUCGUAUAUAAAUAGUAUAUAUAAUAGAUACGAACAUUUAGAAAUAUACCUUCGUAAAAUAUAUUUAUUUAAUAUUGCUAUACUCUUGCCACGUUGCUGUGACACAUUGAAGACUACGUAUUUAUUAUUCGUCAUAUAUUAUCGAAGAAUUAUACAAAUAUACAACGCGAGUUUAACUUGCUUUAUUUGGCAGUGUAAGUGUGAAUGCAAUGCAGUUUCAAAUUAAGAUUUAACGUUAUAUUAAAUUCUAAAUAAAAGUUAAAAGAAUCAUUUACAAUCCUAAGAUAGGAAUUAGAAAAAAAACGCAGCAUAAUUCCACCAUUACUUUCAGAAAUGUUUGCACGUAUCUUUCUUUUAUUUUUAUACACUUGUUUUCAUACCUUUUCAUAAAAAAUCUUAUAUUACUUAAGAUAGGAAUCGACAAGUGUUAAGUAGAAAUACCAACUGAUAAUUGUUGAUGUUCAAAUAAAUAUUAAGGGAGUCAAAAUUGCAAAUUGUAGAAACUAAUCUCUGGUCCUUGUCGUAUAAAUGGCAUUUGAAUAAUCAGAAAGAUUGUGUUAAGAAUAGUUUAGACUGUGCAAAAGAUGGUUUAUGAUCUGUUAUAGCUAUAUCUUCCACGGAUAGAGUAUUUGAUUUGUAAAUAAGCUCUUAAAAACAAUUAUUCCUUCUUUACUGAUCGUUAUAUUAUAAGCCGUCAUAUAUUGUACAGCUAUUUCUUAUGUACAGUUUGCGAAUAAAAUAUAAUACACAAUUAAA